AUGUUACGUUAUGUUCCCUGCCGGUUCGAAGUGACCGACGUGCGUCAAGAAGGUGCUGAGGCUCAGCGGAAAUUCAGUGUUACGACAAGACGUGUCGGACCACAACUAGCUAAGCCAGAAGAAUGCAAAGCAUUCUCGAUAAGCGACCAGUGCUCACUGGUGUUAUCAGAUGGGGUUGGUUCUGGCUUUUCAGCUAGCGCGUUCUGA